AUGGCCCUUGUACGCAAUUACCGCGCCACUAUAUUCCCAGCAGAAACUAUGUCGAAUCGCAACUUGGCCCACGUGAUCGUCGAUUCGCUGGCCAACGCCGGCGUCAAGAUCGUCUUUGGCAUCCCCGGAGCCAAGGUGGAUGGGGUAUUCGACGCGCUGAGAGACCAUCCCAGCAUCAAGCUCAUAGUUUGUCGCCACGAACAAAAUGCCGCUUUCAUGGCCGCAGCAGUCGGCCGAUUGACUGGUCUGCCAGGCGUCUGUUUGGUCACUUCGGGGCCUGGAACAAGUAAUCUUGUCACUGGACUGGCCACAGCAACAACCGAGGGAGAUCCAGUCCUUGCAAUUGCAGGCACAGUAUCGCGAUUGCAAGCAGCCCGGCAUACCCACCAGUCUCUCGAUGUGAACAAGGUUUUAGAAGGCGUGUGCAAGUCAGUGAUCCAAGUGGGAGUCGAAGAUCAAGUGAGCGAGGUCAUUGCAAAUGCCUUUCGCCAGGCACGGAGAUUCCCACAGGGUGCAACUGCGGUGGCUUUGCCCAUGGAUAUUAUCAAGAGUACUUCAGUCGGGGUCCCUCCAUUCCCUGCGCUUAGCUUCGAGUCUCCCGGCUACGGAUCAAGCAAUGCGAAACUCGGCAAGAUUGCAGUCGACAAGCUCUUGGGUUCCAAAUACCCAGUCAUCUUGCUAGGUAUGAGAUCAGCGGAUCCAUCUGUUGUGCAUGCGGUCCGCCGAAUGAUCAUGAACCACACACUGCCGGUUGUUGAGACGUUUCAGGCCGCAGGCGCAAUCAGCGAGGAUCUCCUGAAUCGCUAUUACGGUCGCGUAGGACUGUUCAGAAACCAGCCGGGCGAUAAAAUACUAGCUAGAGCCGACCUCAUUAUCACCGUGGGCUACGAUCCCUACGAAUAUGACGCAGAAACAUGGAACGUAGACAAUCCAACCACCAUCCAUAAUAUUAUCCACGUCGAUUAUACCGAUGCCAGGGUAUCGCAGCAUUACAUGCCGCAGGUUGAGCUCGUUGGUAAUCCUGCAGAUAUUAUCGACGAAAUGGCCUCUAGCAUUCAAGCUUUCAAGCCCAAGUUCUGGUCUGGUGCGGAGGAUGCGCUGGAGAAUAUUCGUCAGGAGAUUGACAAGUGGCAGUCAACUGCGACAGCAAAUAUCAUAUUAGAUGGACCAGUGCAGCCAACCCAUUUCGUCUACCAAUUGCGCCAUUAUCUUCCCAAGGAUACCGUUGUUGCUGUUGAUGUUGGCACUGUUUACAUAUACAUGAUGCGGUACUUCCAGAUUUACUCACCACGCCACUUGCUCUGCUCCAAUGGCCAACAGACACUCGGCGUCGGUCUCCCGUGGGCAAUCGCAGCGAGUCUAACGCAAGAACCAAAACCAUGUUCAAAAAAGGUCGUUAGCAUUAGCGGGGAUGGCGGAUUUAUGUUCAGCUCCCAGGAACUGGCCACAGCGGUGCAACAAAAGUGCAACAUCACGCAUUUCAUUUGGAACGAUUCGGCGUAUAAUAUGGUUGAAUUCCAGGAGGAAGCCAAAUAUGGCCGUAGCUCGGGAAUCAAGCUGGGAGGCAUCGAUUUUGUCAAGUUCGCAGAGGCAUUUGAAGGCGCGAAGGGAUAUAGGGUUACUACGACUGGGGAGUUGAAGAGUGUUAUGAAGGAGGCACUCGAGUUCCAGGGUGUAGCUGUUGUUGAUGUGAGGAUUGACUACAGCAAGAGUCACGAGCUGAUGAAAAAUAUCAUCCCAAAGGAUUAUCGAUGA